AUGCUCACAAGGAGGAGAAGUGUACCUGAAGUGGCUCUGGAGUUGACAACAGAUGAGCAUACAGAGGCAGCAUCAGACGCAGAGAGAUCUGUGUGUGACAAGACCUCAACACAGCGAGCAGGAUGAUUUCCCGGCACGAUUAUGGCUGUAACACGCUGCUAUCAACGCUUUGAAUUACUUUUACGGACCAUCCUCAUCUCAUCACUGCUGGUGAUAAACGGUGUCUGUCCUGAAACACUGCCUUCCACAGUGGACUUGUGCUCUCCAAACCCGUGUCAAAACAGGGCGAUCUGCAGACUCCGUGGGGACGGCUACUCGUGCUUCUGUGUGCCGGGGUUUCAGGGUGCUCACUGUCAGAUCGAUGUGAAUGAGUGUGUUUCACAGCCCUGCAGGAACGGAGCCACCUGUGUGGACAGAGUGGGCACCUUUGCCUGCCUGUGUGCUCAGGGGUUCACUGGCCCCACCUGUGAGCUGGAGAUUGAUGAGUGUCAAUCAAAGCCAUGUCUCAACGGUGGCAGUUGUCAUGACUACGUCGGUGGCUUCACUUGCACCUGCCCUCCCGGUUUCCAAGGACAACAGUGUGAAAUAAACAUAGACGAGUGCCAAGAGCAGCCAUGCCAGAACGGGGCACUCUGUAUCGACGGGGUGAAUGAUUUCAGCUGUGACUGCUCACUCACAGCCUUCACCGGCAGACGCUGUGAGACACCACUACCACCAUGUCACUCUGAACCCUGCUUCAACAGCGCCAUCUGUGAGGACAACCAGGGUAACUACACCUGUCAAUGCUGGCCAGGGUUUGAGGGGCGUCACUGUGAUAUUGACAUCAGUGAGUGUGACAGCGCCCCCUGCAUGCAUGGAGGCCGCUGCAUUGAGAAGUCAUGGCAGGCCCUGUAUAGCAGUGAGCCUCUGCUGCCUGAACGCUACGACCCGCAGCAUGCUGCAGGCUUCAUCUGCAGCUGUCCUGCAGGAACAACAGGUUCCUUCUGUGAGGAGUUAAUAAACCUUUGUGACCCCAGUCCCUGCCAGAAUGGGGGCAGGUGUGAGAGCCACGCUGCAGGUUACAUUUGUCACUGCCUCACACAGCGCCACGAUGGCGUCCUCUAUGGGGGUGUAAACUGUGGCGUAAGGCUGGUGGGCUGUGAGGGACACGAAUGUCAGAACCAAGGCUCCUGCUCUCCUUUCCUUUUGGACGGGACUCAUGGAUACACCUGCUCCUGCACGCCUGGGUUCACCGGACCCCUCUGUAAGACCCCAACCACAUUCUCCUUUGAACGCAGAGGCUACCUGCUGCUGCAGAGCCCUCUGGUGGACGUCGAAGUGUCCUGCAACAUCACCCUCAGCUUCAGGACUGUCCUGCCCAGAGCAGUGUUGUUCCAAAGGAACAGCAGGGGGCUCCUGCUGAGCCUGGAGCUGGUUGAAAGCCGGCUUCGGCUCACACUGAGGAAGGAGGCCUCUGCAGAAAGCCCGAUCCAGAUCCUGGAGCUUCCUCACAAAGUCACAGAUGGAGAGUGGCAUUCUGUAGAGGCUGUGCUCGCGAACUGGGUGCUCAUUUUGAAACUCUUGGACUCAAGGACAUGUGGGAGCCAGGCGUGCCACACAGAGGUUGCGGUCCAAAGUACCCUGGCCGGGCUGGCAUCGCCUCCUCAGAACACUUUCAUUGGAGGAGUGCUUCAGGACUCAGAUGGCCCCACUGAGGACGCCCUGCUCCCAGCAUUCAUUGGCUGCAUGCGUGAUGUGUUUGUGGACUGGCAGCUAGUCGUCCCUGAGGAGUGGCUGAGCGACUCUGCUGUUAAUGUGUCCCCAGGCUGCAGCCACAGGGACCGCUGCUUGGACUUGCCUUGCCAAAACAGAGGAGAGUGUGUCAACCUGUGGCAGGGCUACCAGUGCCACUGUCCAAGGCCUUAUGAGGGGCAAGACUGUGAGGAGGAACAUGUGACUGCCCGCUUUGGAAACGAGGACUCUCAAAGUUUUGCAGCAUUCUCUAUCACAGACGACCUCGGUUAUGAUCUCUCCGUCUCCCUGUUUGUGCGUACGCGGAGGCAAAAUGGACACCUGCUGGCGCUCGGCAACAGCAGCGGCCAGUACCUGCACAUUUGGCUGGAGGACGGCAGGGUCUUGGUGCAGCUCGAUAACUUUGAGAGCCUGAAGGCAGAGAGUGCAAUUGACGACGGGGAGGUCCACUUUGUGAGGGUAGAGAUGGAGAGGGAUCGUAUCUCACUGUAUGUAGCAGAUGAGAAACAGGGGGGUGUAGAGGGCAGGACGGUCAGGGUGAAAGCAGGAGAUGAAGUGUAUGUGGGGGGUCUGUUGGAGAGCAGGACCACUUCAGUGUUUGGUGGAUACUUUAAAGGCUGCAUUCAGGACCUGAGAAUCAACGACAAGAGGCUGCAGUUCUUUGGGCUGGACACUUCAGUGAAGUCUUUUCCUCUGAAGCUCAUGGAAAAUGUGACUUCUGGUUGUUCAGGGGACAACGCCUGCAGCAGGAACCCAUGUUUAAAUGGUGGCUUGUGCUACUCCAUGUGGGAUGACUUCACCUGCACCUGCCCACUCAGGACAGCAGGACGGCGCUGUGAGGAGGUCAGGUGGUGUGAGUUGUCGCCCUGCCCUAUGGAUGCUGAGUGCAGGAUGCUAAACCAGGGAUAUGAGUGCUACUCCAGUGCAACCUUCCUGAAUGAAAGCACAGUGUUGACCUUCAGAGGAAAUGGAAAAAUAUCCCGAAAUAUAACCACUCUUUCUUUAAAUCUGCGCACACGGAAGCGUAAUGUUGCUAUUCUCCACGCAGAGAAGGACUCAGCGUUCAUCACGCUCUCUGUUCAGGAUGGCUUCCUCUUCAUGGAGCUUCAGAGCACAGCUGGAGAAGACAGAAAAGAGGAGGGCAGAGGAGAGCCAAAUGUGUCUACAGUCAGUGUGAGCAGCAGGAGGACUGUGAGUGACGGUGAGUGGCACAGCAUCCAGCUGUUCAUGGCAACACCGUGGGCUCUGACCUCCCGCUGGACUCUAGUGCUGGAUGAAGAUAUAGAAGAAGCCAGCACCUCUGUAAGACAAGGAGGCAGCCUGGACUUUCUCAGGCAGGACGUGGACAUUUACAUUGGAGGCCUGGCCCCCGAUGCUGGCUGGUCACUGACUGGGUGUCUUGGCACGGUAGAGAUGGGUGGCAUCGCCCUGCCUUACUUCAGCUCCUCGGAUGUGAACCUCCCACGCCUGCAGGAGGAGCAGUUCAUCCAAACAUCCCUCAAUACAGCACUUCUUGGGUGCAGCGGGGCUCCUUUGUGCGAUUCCAACCCCUGUUUGAAUGGAGGGCAGUGUCAGGACCUUUUUAACACCUACAACUGCAGCUGUGCCGAAGGCUGGGCCGGGCGACGCUGCGAGUUCUACACCAACAUUUGCGCUUCAAACCCCUGUAUUCAUGGCAACUGCAGCCUAAGCGGGCUGAGCUAUGAGUGCAUCUGUGAGCUCGGGUACACAGGUGUGAACUGUGAGGAGGAGGAGGACAUGUGUGAAAAUCACCUGUGUGCACAUGGAGGCACCUGUCUGCAUGGGCCGGACACUUACGCCUGCCUGUGCCCUGACAACUACACUGGACCCCUCUGCAACGAACGCAUUGAAGAAAUUCCGUGGUACAUUGUUGUCAGAAGUGUCCGGCCAAAGCUGCCUGUUUCUGUGUGCGGCGAUGACAUCAGGAACUACACCUGCUUCAAUGGAGGCAACUGCACUGACCGAGAGCUGUCAUGUGACUGCCCACCUGGCUUCACAGGACACCGGUGUGAACAGGAAGUGGACGAGUGCAAAUCUAAUCCCUGUCUGAACGGAGGCUACUGCCGCAACCUCAUCAACAAGUUUGUCUGCGUGUGCGAGAUGAGCUACGCCGGGGACACGUGCCAAGUGGACUUGACCUCUGGGGGUUUAUCCUCUGAUCUUUUGCUGUCCGUCAGUCUGGCGUCUGUAGUCCUGCUGCUGGUUCUCAUUGUCACCUCCGUCGGCCUGGUGAUGACACUAAAUCGACGCGCUACUCAUGGCACCUACAGCCCCAGCCGGCAGGAGAAGGAAGGUUCACGGGUGGAGAUGUGGAGCAUCAUUCAGCCACCACCUAUUGAGAGACUCAUAUGA